CAGAAUGGAGCAAGAAUGAGAGGAAAAAGGCCGGCAGAAAAGCAUGAACUGGAGGUUUGUUGAGCUCCUCUACUUCCUGUUUGUAUGGGGCCGUAUCUCAGUGCAGCCCUCCCACCAGGAACCAGCUGGGACAGACCAACAUGUCUCCAAGGAAUUUGAUUGGCUUAUUUCAGACAGGGGGCCUUUCCACCACUCCAGGAGCUACCUAUCCUUUGUGGAAAGACACCGUCAAGGAUUUACAACCAGAUAUAAAAUAUACAGGGAGUUUGCCCGUUGGAAGGUGAGGAACACAGCCAUCGAGAGGAGAGACCUGGUCCGUCAUCCAGUGCCCCUCAUGCCAGAGUUUCAAAGAAGCAUCCGCCUGCUUGGCAGAAGACCCACCACUCAGCAGUUCAUCGAUACCAUCAUCAAAAAGUACGGCACCCACCUCCUCAUCUCUGCCACCUUGGGAGGGGAGGAGGCCUUGACCAUGUACAUGGACAAAAGUCGCCUCGACAGGAAGUCAGGGAAUGCCACUCAAAGUGUUGAAGCUCUGCACCAGCUGGCAUCGUCCUACUUUGUGGACCGUGAUGGCACCAUGAGGAGGCUGCAUGAGAUCCAGAUAUCAACUGGAGCAAUCAAGGUCACAGAGACACGCACUGGGCCUCUGGGCUGUAACAGCUAUGACAAUCUGGACUCUGUGAGUUCCGUCCUUCUGCAAAGCACGGAGAGCAAACUGCACCUUCAAGGUCUUCAGAUAAUCUUCCCUCAGUAUCUGCAAGAGAAGUUUGUCCAGUCGGCCUUGAGCUACAUCAUGUGCAAUGGUGAGGGAGAGUAUGUGUGCCAGAACAGCCAGUGUAGAUGUCAGUGUGCAGAGGAGUUCCCACAGUGCAACUGCCCCAUCACCGACAUCCAGAUCAUGGAGUACACGCUGGCCAACAUGGCCAAGUCUUGGGCCGAAGCUUAUAAGGACCUGGAGAAUUCAGAUGAGUUUAAAUCGUUUAUGAAGCGUCUGCCCAGCAACCACUUCCUGACCAUCGGGAGCAUCCAUCAGCACUGGGGCAACGACUGGGACCUGCAGAACCGUUACAAGCUCCUGCAGAGCGCCACCGAGGCCCAGAGGCAAAAGAUCCAGCGCACCGCCCGCAAGCUCUUCGGCCUCAGUGUCCGCUGUCGCCACAAUCCCAACCACCAGCUGCCUAGAGAGAGGACAAUUCAGCAAUGGCUUGCAAGGGUCCAGUCGCUCCUCUACUGCAAUGAGAACGGGUUUUGGGGAACCUUCCUGGAGAGCCAGAGGAGCUGCGUGUGCCACGGUAGCACCACGCUGUGCCAGCGCCCCAUCCCCUGCAUCAUAGGAGGGAACAACAGCUGCGCCAUGUGUAGCCUGGCCAACAUCUCCCUGUGCGGCUCCUGCAACAAGGGCUACAAGCUGUACCGGGGCCGCUGCGAACCGCAGAACGUGGACUCGGAGCGCAGCGAGCAGUUCAUCAGCUUCGAGACCGACCUGGAUUUCCAGGACCUGGAGCUGAAGUACCUGCUGCAGAAGAUGGACUCGCGCCUCUACGUGCACACCACCUUCAUCAGCAACGAGAUCCGCCUCGACACCUUCUUCGAUCCCCGGUGGCGCAAGCGCCUGUCCCUCACGCUCAAGAGCAACAAGAACCGCAUGGACUUCAUCCACAUGGUGAUCGGCAUGUCCAUGCGCAUCUGCCAGAUGCGCAACAGCAGCCUGGACCCCAUGUUCUUUGUCUACGUCAACCCCUUCAGCGGGAGCCACUCGGAGGGCUGGAACAUGCCCUUCGGGGAAUUUGGCUACCCGCGCUGGGAGAAGAUUCGCCUCCAAAACAGCCAGUGCUACAACUGGACUCUCUUGCUGGGCAAUCGGUGGAAAACGUUUUUUGAGACGGUCCACAUCUACCUACGUAGUCGGACUCGGCUACCUACCCUACUGCGGAAUGAGACCGGCCAGGGCCCGGUGGACCUGUCCGAUCCCUCCAAGAGGCAGUUCUACAUCAAGAUCUCCGACGUGCAGGUGUUCGGGUACAGCCUGCGCUUCAACGCCGACCUCCUUCGCAGCGCCGUGCAACAGGUCAACCAGUCCUACACGCAAGGCGGCCAGUUCUAUUCUUCUUCAUCCGUGAUGCUCCUCUUGUUGGAUAUUCGGGACCGAAUUAACCGCCUGGCCCCUCCUGUGGCCCCGGGGAAACCCCAGCUGGACUUGUUCUCCUGUAUGCUCAAGCACCGCCUGAAACUGACCAACAGCGAGAUCAUCAGGGUGAACCACGCCUUGGACCUCUACAACACCGAGAUCCUCAAACAGUCGGACCAGAUGACGGCCAAACUCUGUUAACCUGGGGACUCCUUGCCACGGGCUUUCCCUUUUGUUGUACACACAUAACAGAACAAAGCAAAGCAAAGCAACACAAACAACAAUUUGUAAAAUGUAAUUCAUAAUUCAAAGAAAAGGAAGAAGAGUCUGCAUUCGUUGGAAACUAAAACGUUCUAGCAACUGUAUAAAACCGUUGGGCAUGUUUGUUAUUUCUAUACUCUGUCAUGAAGAAGGGUCUCAGCCUUUGGAGGAGCUUGGAGGGGUUGCUUCUUAGGCCUCAGGUGCUGUAUUGUGGGGGGAGAACGGGGAGAGCAUAUGCAAUGAAUUGCAAAGAUCUCUGCUGUGCAGGUGCUAAGAUUAAACACUAAAAAGAAAGAGAGAUAUAUGUAAUGUACAACCGACACUGCCAUUUUUCCUUGUGGGAGGAAAUGGACAUACAUAAAGAUAUUUCUUGGGUUAUGAUUUCUUCCCUCUUUAUGCCUAAUUCCUUGUGGUUCUUUCGACUCCUUCUUGCACGGGGGCGACAGUGCUAUCUUACCCAUAGAGCUUCUUUCAUUCGGAAUGAACUGAAGCUAAUUGAAGGGGGACAACAGGUGGGCUUAGGGGGAGAAGCAUAAGCCUCAUCACAGGGUGUUAAAACAAUAAGGAACCUUAUACAUCAGCUGUCACACUCCUUGAUUUAGCUUGUGAAGCAGGUGUGGGGAGAAAAGGCACGCCCAGUAACCCACGGUUGCUGCCUGAAGAAGGAUUUGAACUCUGCCUUCUGAGCCCCUUGGCAAUGCUCCUUUUUCUAAAUUCCUCUGGCCUCUUUUCUGGUUUCUUUUCCAGCUACACUGCCACAGGACGGAAUGUUUUUCAGUCUCAGGUUGUUUUGAUAGCUUUUUUUUCCCUUUUUUUUUAAUGGAGACUCCUUUCACCUACUUUUUCCAAAAAGACAUGGUGUCAGAUUUCCUAGAAGUGCUUUGCAUAUUAAAAUUUCAUUUAAAUACAAAUCAAUAACCACAAUAGACUAAAAUGGGGUAGGUUCUGAAGUUGCAUUCCUCACUUCACUCCUCUGCCAGGCACCUCCCCCAAGUCUCUAAAAAAUGAUCCUUUCAUUAACUCAGAACACACACUCACACACACGCAUGCACAAACUAACACUGCCAUUUCUCUGGCAUCUAUGAAAGUGAGAAGCCUUAUUUUGGGACUUCGGAGCAAAAUUGAAA